UCCGCCUCACGCCGCCGCCGCCGCCUCACCAGAACCCACCACCAGCGUGUGGGCGCCACAUCCUCCGUCGCCGCGACAACGUCGACGGCUCCAUGACUAUGAUGACCCCUCCCCCAGUCGAGCAGCAGCAGGAGGACGAGGAGAUGCUCGUGCCGCACCAGGAGCUCCCUGCCGUCACCGCUGCCGCCGCCGCCCCUGAUGCUGCCCAGCCAAUGGAAGUUGUGGCGCAGACAGAGCCUGCCAACACGGCGGAGAGCCAGCCACCGGAGGACCCGCAAACUUCGCGCUUCACGUGGACGAUUGAGAACUUCACCAGGAUCAACACGAAGAAGCACUACUCAGAACCGUUUGUUGUUGGAGGAUUUAAAUGGCGUGUGCUAAUUUUCGCCAAGGGGAACAAUGUGGACCAUUUCUCUAUGUACUUGGAUGUUGCGGACUCGGCAAGCCUCCCUUACGGAUGGAACCGCUAUGCUCAGUUCAGCUUGGCUGUUGUGCACCAGAUCAUUCCAAAGUAUACCAUUCGGAAAGAUACUCAACAUCAAUUUAAUGCACGGGAGAGUGACUGGGGUUUCACAUCAUUUAUGCCUUUGAGUGAUCUGUAUGACCCAAGUAAGGGCUACCUUGUUAACGACACCGUUGUUGUGGAAGCUGAGGUUGCUGUUCGCCGAAUGGUUGAUUACUGGACUUAUGACUCAAAAAAGGAAACAGGAUAUGUUGGUCUAAAGAAUCAAGGAGCUACCUGUUAUAUGAACUCUCUUCUACAAACACUGUAUCAUAUACCAUACUUCAGGAAGGCUGUAUAUCAUAUGCCAACUACUGAGAAUGACAUGCCAUCUGGGAGUAUUCCUUUAGCCCUGCAGAGCCUUUUUUACAAGCUCCAAUACAGUGACAAUAGCGUAGCUACAAAGGAGUUGACCAAAUCUUUUGGAUGGGACACUUAUGAUUCUUUCAUGCAGCAUGAUGUUCAAGAGCUCAACAGAGUUCUUUGUGAGAAACUUGAAGACAAAAUGAAGGGAACUGUUGUGGAAGGAACAAUUGAACAAUUAUUUGAAGGGCACCAUAUUAAUUAUAUCGAGUGCAUUAAUGUUGACUAUAAAUCCAACAGAAAAGAAUCCUUUUACGAUCUACAGCUUGAUGUUAAAGGUUGUCGUGAUGUUUAUGCGUCAUUUGAUAAAUAUGUUGAAGUGGAGCGUCUAGAGGGUGAUAACAAAUAUCAUGCAGAGCAGUAUGGCUUACAGGAUGCAAAGAAGGGUGUCCUCUUCCUUGAUUUCCCUCCUGUUUUGCAACUUCAACUGAAGCGUUUUGAGUAUGAUUACAUGCGAGAUACAAUGGUUAAGAUUAACGACCGGUAUGAGUUCCCACUUCAACUUGAUCUUGAUAGAGAUGACGGGAAAUAUCUUGCUCCUGAUGCGGACAGAAGUAUCAGGAACCUUUAUACUCUUCACAGCGUUCUUGUUCAUAGCGGAGGAGUACACGGCGGUCAUUACUAUGCUUUCAUACGGCCUACACUCUCAGAUCAAUGGUAUAAAUUUGAUGAUGAAAGGGUAACAAAAGAAGAUACUAAAAAGGCCCUUGAAGAGCAAUAUGGGGGCGAAGAAGAGUUGCCUCAAAUAAACCCUGGUUUCAAUAACACCCCAUUUAAAUUCACUAAGUAUUCAAAUGCAUACAUGCUUGUCUAUAUUCGUGAAAGCGACAAGGAUAAAAUAAUGUGUAAUGUUGAUGAGAAGGACAUUGCUGAGCAUUUGCGGAUAAGGUUGAAGAAAGAACAAGAAGAGAAGGAACACAAGAAGAAGGAAAAGGCUGAAGCUCAUCUCUACACCAUCAUAAAGGUUGCUCGAGAUGAGGACUUGAAGGAACAGAUUGGUAAGAAUAUAUAUUUUGAUCUGGUGGACCAUGAAAAGGUUCGCAGCUUCCGCAUACAGAAGCAACUACCUUUUACCUCAUUUAAGGAAGAAGUCGCAAAGGAAUAUGGGAUCCCUGUACAGUUUCAGCGCUUCUGGCUUUGGGCUAAGAGGCAAAACCAUACAUACCGACCUAAUCGUCCACUGGGCCCUCAGGAAGAAGCACAAUCAGUGGGGCAACUUAGGGAGGUCUCUAACAAGGCACACAAUGCUGAGUUGAAGUUGUUUCUGGAAGUAGAGACUGGACUGGAUCUGCGGCCAAUUCGUCCUCCUGAGAAGAGCAAGGAGGACAUAUUACUCUUCUUUAAACUUUAUGACCCUGAAAAGGAAGAACUUAGUUUUGUUGGCAGGCUUUUUGUGAAGUCUACAGGAAAACCAUCUGAAAUCCUGACAAAAUUGAAUGAAAUGGCUGGAUUUGCUCCAAAUGAAGAAAUCUGGCUAUAUGAGGAAAUUAAGUUUGAGCCAAAUGUGAUGUGUGAGCAUAUUGACAAGAAAUUAACUUUCCGUUCCAGUCAGCUUGAAGAUGGAGACAUAAUAUGUUUCCAAUCAGAAGCAAAGACCCGAGUUCGGUAUCCAGACGUUCCUUCAUUUUUGGAGUAUGUACAUAAUAGGCAGGUUGUGCACUUUCGGUCUCUGGAGAAACCGAAGGAGGAUGAUUUUUGUUUGGAAUUAUCGAAGCUUCAUACUUAUGAUGAUGUUGUUGAGAGAGUUGCACGCCAACUUGGCUUGGAUGAUCCAUCAAAAAUUCGUCUUACCUCACACAACUGUUAUUCCCAGCAACCUAAACCACAACCAAUCAGAUACCGUGGAGUAGAGCACCUAUUGGAUAUGCUUGUCCAUUAUAAUCAGACUUCUGACAUCUUGUAUUAUGAGGUUCUGGACAUUCCACUGCCAGAAUUGCAGUGUUUGAAAACUCUUAAAGUUGCAUUCCACCAUGCAACUAAGGAUGAGGUUGUAAUCCAUAGCAUAAGACUACCAAAAAAUAGCACCAUCAGUGAUGUGAUUGCUGACCUAAAAACCAAGGUUGAACUGUCCAAUCCUGAUGCUGAACUCCGCUUGCUUGAAGUAUUCUACCAUAAGAUUUACAAGAUAUUUCCACCUCAUGAGAAAAUAGAGAACAUAAAUGAUCAGUACUGGACACUACGUGCGGAGGAGAUCCCAGAGGAAGAGACGAAUCUUGGCCCACAUGACCGGUUGAUUCAUGUUUACCAUUUCAUGAAAGAUCCUAAUCAAAACCAGCAGAUUCAGAAUUUUGGAGAUCCAUUUUUGCUGGUCAUCCGUGAAGGUGAGACUGCAGCAGAGAUAUUAGAACGUAUUCAAAGAAAACUUCGAGUUCCUGACGAGGAGUUCUCCAAGUGGAAGCUUGCUUUCAUAUCCAUGAAUCGGCCUGAAUACCUCCAGGAUGUUGAUGUUGUAUCUGCACGAUUUCAGAGGAGAGAUGUUUAUGGGGCUUGGGAACAAUACCUUGGCUUGGAGCAUACUGACACAACACCGAAAAGGUCUUAUACAGCCAAUCAGAAUCGUCACACUUUUGAGAAGCCUGUGAAAAUUUAUAAUUGAGAAGAUUUCUAGCUGGGCUUGAAGCCUGGAACAAAAGGCCUUGUCCGGACAGCAUGCCAAAGAGGAUGACAAAGUAACACGACCUCGACAGAAGAAAAAUGGCAACAGAACAUAUGGCCACUUAUGUGCCAAGGCCUAUAUUGUUCGUCGCUGGUUGACGGUGUUGGUUCAGCUUACUUGCGAUGUAGUUGGCAGCAGGGAUUUUUUUUCAAGGCUUUCCAUCUUGUUCCCAGGGAAAAAAACGAUUGUGUCGAGUGUGAUGGCUCCUCUAGGAUAAUGUAGAUGUUGCUUUAUUUGUGUAGAGCAAAGCUGGUAUAUAAGAAAAAAAAAGAUUUUGGUAGGGGCAUGUAUACAGAAUUAUAGCCGUGACUGAUUGCUUUAUUUGCUUCUCCUGUUUCUGGUAGCCUGGAGCAUUGGGAGAUCUUGCUGGUAGGCUGGUAGCAGUGGGAGAUCGCAUAAUGGGGUUUGAUGUUGGUUCCAAUUUUCCAUGUCUAUUGACAAAUGUAAGAGAAUAAUUUGCCAGAUAGUGUAGCUUUGAGUUCCUGUCAGCA